UGUCUGUUUACGGCAGCAUGGCAGCCUGCUGAAGGACCGCGGUGACUGCACCUGUAUAUGAACCGGAGACCCGCCAUGACCGCUCCACCGCGGGUUGCGAGGCCAGCAGCUCGGUAACAGGAGGACCAUGAUGAUAACGACGUGUUUGCGGCGGGUGUCGUCGCCGCUGCUCCGCGGGGCGGCGACCCUUCCCGUCCCCGGCCCCGCGCUGCUGCUGCCCGGCCGCGUGUGCGGGCGCUGCCCCGCGCUAUGGCGGCUCAGACACUCGCCCGCCCCGGAGCUGACGGGGGUAACGCGGCUCCCGGCGGGCGGCGGCUCGGGCUGCUCGGGGCUCCGCCGGCUGAGGUGGACGGAGGGCGGCCCCGCGGCUGCGUGCUGGGGCGGGCUGCUGCCGCAGGGGGAGCCCCGGCUCCUGCAGGGGCCGGGAGGUCAGCGGAGGUCAGCCGCGGCCCGGGCCGCGCUGCCCGGGGAGAGGGGGCUCUGCAGCGGGAAGGAGGGGGGGCCGCCCCGCGGAGCGGAGCCCACACACCCGCAGGAACCGGGGUCGGACCCGGGGUCAGCACAGGGGCCGGCACCGGGGUCGGUACCGGGAGAGGGACUGUUCAAGUUCAAAGAACUGUAUGAGAACCCAUGGACGAUCCCCAACCUGUUGUGCGUGUGUCGGAUCCUGUUGGCUCCGUUCCUCGGUCACCUGAUCAUCCAGCAACACUUCGACCUCAGUCUGGCUCUGUUUAUACUCGCCGGAGCUACUGACCUGCUGGACGGCUACAUCGCCAGGACGUGGCCCACGCAGAAGUCUGCUCUGGGCAGCGCCCUCGACCCGCUGGCUGACAAGAUCCUCAUCAGUGUUUUAUACGUCAGUCUCACCUAUGCUGAACUCAUACCAGCUCCACUGACGGCUCUCGUGAUUUCCAGAGACAUCGGUUUGAUCGCUGCUGUUUUCUGGGUCAGAUACAAGACUGUACCUCCACCGGUGACCCUUAGUAAGUUCUUUAACCCCUGCUACACCACAGCGCAGCUAAAGCCCACUCUCUUCAGCAAGAUCAACACAGCCAUCCAGCUCUGCCUGGUGGCAGCUUCUCUAGCAGCUCCAGUCUUUCAUUAUACAGACAGUGUCCUGCUGCAGUGCUUAUGGUAUAUCACAGCUGUAACUACAGCAGCUUCGGGCUACAGUUACUGGCACUACGGGCGCAAGACUGUCCAGGUCCUGAACACCAGGUCGCCAUGACGACCGCCCCAGGAAUCCAAACCAAAGGAGGCAGCAUCGUCUGCAGUGACGCCUGUCUGCAGUGGCACGCAGAGGACAGACGGGCCCAUGGAGGUUCUCCAGGAGCUCUGAGAACAAGUAGCUGUGACAACCAUUGACGGGUCGCUAUGGCAAUCAGGCACGGAAAAUGACUGAAGCCACGGAUGCUUUUACUGCAACACUACAGAAGCAGCCGCUCCGCUGCCAGUCUGCUCCGGAGCCAUGUGCACGGAUGAAAACACAAAGAUCUGAAACGUACACAUCAACUACAUGUCAAGUGAUCGGGCAGGAGCUUUUAUUUUUUUUGCCACCCUGUUUAUUGAUAUUAUUUAAUUUUUUUUCAAACCCCAGGAUGCAAUGUCUAGCGAGUGAUUGUCACAUGGCAGUUUUGUAAGGCAGUGAUUUAUGAUUAAAAAAGGAAAACCCUGGUU